AUGGCUUCUUCUUCAGUGCAAUACACCAAGAGUCUUUCCAUUAAGGUGUGUGAAGUUGAGUUUGUGGCUCUGUGCAUUGGAAAAUAUAAUGGUCUGCCAAACAUACCUGAGUUCUCUCCAGGACAAGGCCCAGAAGUGUUCAAAGGCCAGGUUAUGCACUCCAUGGACUUCUCUUCAAUGGCAAAUGAGGAUGCUGCCAAAUUGAUCAAAUCAAAGAGAGUUACAGUAAUAGGCUCUCAGAAAUCUGCUUAUGAUAUAACAGCUGAGUGUGCAUCUGCAAAUGGAAUAGAACAACCCUGCACAAUGAUUCAAAGGACAGCACACUGGUUGCUCCCACAUGCUAAUAUCUGGGGAAUUAGUCUUGGCUACUUGUACUUCAAUCGCUCCUCAGAGCUUUUAGUUCACAAGCCUGGUGAAUCAUUUUUCCUUGGCCUUGUGGCUGCUUUGUUCUCACCAUUGAUUGGAAUGCUUCCUCAACAUUUUUAUGACAAAGUGGAAGAAGGAAGCAUCAUUCUAAAGAGAUCACAGGGCUUUAGGUUCUGCAAAGAAGGUUUAAUCAUUGAUGGAGAAUCAAAACCAUUAGAGACAGAUGUGGUGAUUCUUGCUACAGGGUUCAAAGGUGAUCAAAAGCUCAGAAAUAUAUUCAAAUCACCAAUAUUCCAAAAUCUCAUCACCCCCUCAGCUACUUCCUCAGUUCCAUUGUACAGAAAGAUACUUCAUGCUAGAAUCCCACAAGUAGUAAUAAUAGGAUUUGCAGAGGGACUCUCAAAUCUGUAUGGUUUUGAAAUGAGGUGCAAGUGGCUAGCAGCUUUCUGA